AUGCAACCACAUCAACAACAACAAGCAUCCUCUUCCCCUUUGCAUCAUGUGGUUCUGAAUCAUCAUAAUAACAACCACAACAACCACCACAACAACCACCACAACAACCACCACAACAUCAACCACAGUGCUCAGCAGAAUCUAAACCACAUGCUUAACUACACACCAUCAUCAUCCACUACUACUCAGUCGUUUCAGCAACAACCACAACAGCAACAUCCACAAUCAUCAUCUUCUACACUCGGAAUCCUUUCAUCCAAUUACCAACAGCAGCAACAGUUCAGCUCAGCUCCCUCGUCUUCUCAAAUGAAUCAUCAUUACAUCAACCCUUCCUCAACAUGCAAUCACAUGAGUCAUGAUCAACAUGUGCUCUCUCAGAACAACAAUCAUCUCCUCAGCAAUCAACACAACAAUUUUCAUCAACCAUCCCCAAUGAUGUCAAUGAUCAUGAACGAGAAUGCACCAACAUCCACCACGCAUAUCAAGAAUGAGCCUUUUUCGAACACAUCCACAAGCACCUUCGUCGAUCAAAACUACAAUUAUACGAACCAUCUAAUGGUGAAGAAUGAACAACAUCAGAGUUUGUUGGACUCUUUAUUUCACAAUUCACGACAACAGAAUCAUCAAUAUCAAGGCAACAACAAUCCUAAUUGUUCGAAUGAAACGACUAAUUUGGCUUACUUACCAUUCAACAAUAUUCACCAAAAUAACGGCAUCAAUACUGGUGGAGGAAUGAAUCAGAAUCAUCAUGGUGGUGUUAAUACAUCAUCAUAUGCAACAACAGCAAAUACUACUUCAUUUGCAAGCAUGCUCAUGCACCAAACUCCUCAACAUCAAAGUUUUGUCAACAACGACCAUCUUCACACAACUAUGGACUAUUCACAAAUUGCCUCUCAAAACAAUCCUGCAACUAUGAAUAACAUGUUUGGAAUGGUUGGACUUUUGAAGUCAGAAGGAAUGACGACGUCAACCAUUUCCAACUCUCUUUUUUCGAACAAUAUGGUUGGAGGUACAAGUAAUCCAUCAGUAACGGAUCAAAACCUCACCACAAACAUGAGUUGCCCACAAAACCAGUCCUUGUCUCUCCGCAAUAAUGCUCAAAACAAUUCGAACUCCACAGAUUCAUGCCAACCACAGGGACUUACUUCUCAAUAUACAACUCUUCAAACUCCACAACCCCCUCAAAUGCCAUCAUCUUCAUUUGCUCAAUCGUCAACAAGUAAGGACGAUGAUUUGUUAAAUGAUGAAGAUUUGCAAGAGAAACCAAAAAAGAAAAGCUCGAAAAAGAAAUCUUCCAAGUCGACACACUCGCCAAAAUCAUCCACAUCGUCUCCUUCAGCUUCUCCAACUGCAGUCAGAAAGCAUAGAAAGAAUAUUGCAUUUGAGGAUAUUGCAGCCUGUUUUGAAAUGCCAAUUAGAGAUGCAAGCCAAAUGUUGGGUGUGAGUUUGACACAAUUGAAAAGAUUGUGUCGAGAAUUCCAAAUUCCUCGAUGGCCAUUUAGAAGAUUGAAUUCUAUUCAAAGAAGAAUUGAAGUUUUACAAAUCAUGCAACAGAGGUCAGAAACUAAAAACGAUGCAAAAUCAGUACAGCAAACACAAAUGGAAAUUGACAAAUUACAACGUGAAAUUAUGGACCUGAAAACAAAUCCGUCUCCAAACUUGAUGUCAUCAUUGCUUAACGAUGGUUCAGUACCUUCAAGCAGUACUGAAGAUUCUGGAACUCCUUCAUCACUCAAUGAUCAAUUUUCCUUCCCAACUCAAGACAUUACAAGAUAUAAUGCCUUCAAUGCCAAUAAUUAUGGAAUUCGGAGUAUUCAAAAUGCUACUGCAAUGUCCACCUUCAACAAUGACGCUCCAUCUGUUCAAACCAAUUUUGUUAACACAAGUUCAAAUGAUCAUAACCCAAAUACUGCGAUUUCUGUGAACAACAACAACAACAACGCUUUCACAUUCCAAAAUUAUGAUCCUCAUACCAAUAAUUUCACAACGGUUUUAGCUAAUAAUAAUGGCAUGAUGAACAAUGGCAAUACAGCUAUUGCUAAUCAACAAGGAUUAGUGAACAACUCCUCAUUUGCACAAACAAGUCCUCAAUUCAACAACAAUCAAAAUGUGCGACCCAGUAGCAACAUGAACACCUCAAAUUCAUCAUCACGCGCCGCACAACACACGUCUUUCCAUGAUUAUUCAUACCACUUUCAAUCGAAAGCAGAAAAUUCCUCACCCAGAAUCUUUUUUCAUAAUAUCACAUUUCCUGUAAAUACCAACAACUAUUCUGUCACCAACAGUAGCCGGAAUAAUAAUUUACAAGGUUCUUCACAAAUGAAUUCUAUUAACAUGAACAAUACUGGAAUGAGCUCAGUGAAUGUCCACUCGACCGAAAACCUUAAUAAUUUGCAUGUCCACUCUGAUCCUGCACAGACAUCAACUCCGCACCAAGGUCAGAUUCAUGAACAAAUCUUAAAUUCUACACCAAAUGCAACAUUAGAUGCUUUGAGUGAUUAUGAGAAAAUGCAACUGGUUGCUCUUCUUGUUCAAUGUAACAACAACAACAACAACUUGAGUGGUAUGACCAACAAUCAGAACCCUAAUUCUGAUUUCACAACAAUGGGUGGUAACAAUCACAACACUGACAGCAAGAGAGAGCUGUUCGACAUGUUGAAUACAAUAAGAAAAGAUGCUUCAACCUCUUCUUGUCAAGAAGCUAACAUUCAACAACCACAAUUACCUGACAACAUGAACACGAUUGAGCACAUGGUAGAUCUAUCUCAUUUGUCGCAGGAAGAGGUCUCGAAAAUCAAAUCGAGUUUGCAAGACAUGGCCAGCAACCAUGGCCCGACAACAAGCAAUCCUUCCCAAAAUAAAUGA